CAGGCGCACCCUGGUCAUGGGUCGGUGAGUAGCUGAAAGUUGUAAGAAAAGAACCGCGAUGGCGAUGGCGGUGAUGAUGAUGGCUCCCAGGUACUGGAAGCUACCGCGUCUUUUACUUCAGUGUCACAGGAUCCACACUGCAGCCCUCCCUCUGGAAAGCAAAACAGGGACAGAGCAUCGCUGGCUGGAACGACAUUUCGAUGACCCAUAUGUGAAAAGAGCCAAACAGCAGAGCUAUCGUUGCCGGAGCGCAUUCAAACUGCUUGAAAUAGAUGACAAACACAGCAUCCUCCGCCCAGGGCUGUGUGUGCUUGACUGUGGUGCAGCCCCUGGUGCUUGGACUCAGGUUGUAGUUCAGAGGGUCAAUGCUGCUGGCUCUGACCCAGGUGCUCCCAAAGGCUUUGUCCUUGGAGUUGACCUGGCUCACAUUGCCCCUUUGGAAGGAGCCGUCUUUUUGCCUCAUGCAGAUAUCAGAGAUCCAAGCGUCCAAAGGAAAAUCCAGGAAAUUCUCCCUAAAGGAAAAGUGGAUGUUCUCUUGAGUGACAUGGCACAGAAUGCAACCGGGAUCCGGGAACUAGACCACGAGAAGCUGAUCCAUCUCUGCUUGACCCUUUUGGAUUUUGCCCCCUCCAUUUUGCGGCCUGGUGGGAACUUGCUUUGCAAAUUCUGGGACGGUGGGCACAGACAUCUUCUCCAAAAGAGACUGAUGCAAGACUUCAAGGAAGUAAGAACUAUAAAGCCUCAAGCUAGUAGGAAAGAAUCCACUGAGACAUAUUUCUUGGCAAAGCUAUUCAGAAUGGGACAUAGCACCCAGAAGACACACAAGUAACUUUGUCCAUGCUCCAUGUGGUCAGUUAAACUGUAGAGAAGCUUUCAGUAACUGCUGCCUGCAAAGGACUUGGGAUGCAAACAGCAAGUUUAAUGGGGGUGACAGUCUGCACACUAAAUUAGAUUUGGAAGAAGCUGACAGAAUUCAGAGAAGACUAGGUACUAUUUAUCAGUUGUUGGUGUUGAUCUGAAAAUUAAAGGCCCAAGUCCCAUACUUUUCUGUUUAGACAGAAAAAAAAUCAUACAGCUCCUGGUAUGGCUGACUGGGAAUGCUGUGAAUUUUCUUUCUAAACAAAACAUGCACAGGAUUGUGUGUUAAGAGUUCACUAGUUCAGUCCAGCCACGUUGGACAAGCUAUGGAUUAUCAGCCAGUCAAUUAAUUAAAACCAGAAAACUGGGAAAUGUGAGUAGGUUUCUUUCCCUCUGUGAGCAGCCUCAAAGAACUUUUUUAAAAAUUGGAAAUCUUGUUUGUACAAAGUAUACCACUUAUCUUUUUAAUUUUAGCCACUGGAUUUAAAUUAAUGUUUUGCUGAAAGGUUUCUUUCCUUAUGUUCUGUACUUCAGAAUGAUUCAUUUUACAGUAGUGUUCUGUUGGCAAUGAAGUAAUGGUAGUUUAUUCUUCUAAGCUGCUUGGAGAUCUUUGGUUAUAGGGAUAUGUAGAAAUUCUCUGAAUAAAUAAAAUUAAAUACAGAGUAUGCUGAUAA